UUGAGGGGAGGAGACCGUACCAAUUUUUGCGAGCCUUUGUGUAAUCAGAGGUUCAAUGGGAUGGUGGGACUGUACUUAGAUGCGUGGGUGUUCAGUCGUUACGUCAUACGACUGCACCUAUAGCCUUGGCGUGAGGCCCCCAGUCUCACACGAGUAAGCGCGCCACCGUAAAGAGAGGGAGAGAGAGAGAGAAAGAAAGCGCGCCGCCCUAAAAAAAGAGAAAGAGACAGCGAGAGCGAGUUUGAGGAACAGGGAGGGGGCACUAUCCCCUACAUACCCGUUGAGAGAGAGCGAGAGAGAGAGAGAGAGAGAGAGAGAGAGAGAGAGAGAGGACUCCGCCUGUACCACACUGUCAUCGUGAUGCUCCAGAGGAAAAAAGACGGCAGAGGCAAACCAACCGAGACCGAGCGUCUACCGUCGGCCUUAACAGCGAAAAUUGGUGAACCCGAGAAGUGGAUGUGUUUCAGGCGGUGCUGGAGCAACGACGACUGCCGACAAAAAGCCCUCGAGGGCCACCGAUAAAAAGCACAUCCGAGGGUGCCUGCAGCGAUGAGCGGCUUGCACGAUUUGCCCGGACGGGGGCCGCUGCCGCCAUAUCCGCGCAGCAUUUCUUGAGGUGUGGCUGAGAAAACGUCCGGAAGAUCCUGUCAGCCGAAACGACGCGACGAGGAAGAGGAGGAGGUGGUGGUGGUGGCGGUGGUGGAGUGCUGGUGGAAAAUGUUUCCUCCUCGGUGGGGCCACAGAGCGGCCCUCGCCCACCCACCGUGCCGCCAUCCAUGCCAGAUCUUCCGGAUUUGAGCCAUCUCACCGAGGAGGAGCGGAAAAUCAUCAUGGCAGUGAUGGCUCGGCAAAAGGAGGAAGAAGAGAAAGAACAAGCCAUGUUAAAAACACUGCACCAGCAGUUUGAGAGCUAUAAACAGGAGGUGCGUCGCAUCGGGGCGGAGACACGGCGUCAGCAGACCCAGCAAAAGGAUGACGCACCCACCUGCGGCAUUUGCCGUAAGACCAAGUUUGCAGAUGGCUGCGGUCACUUGUGCUCCUACUGCCAAACCAAAUUCUGUGCCCGUUGUGGAGGCCGAGUCUCCCUGCGCUCCAACAAUGAGGACAAAGUGUGUAUCAUAGUGAAGGAUAGGGUAAUGUGGGUAUGCAACCUGUGCCGUAAGCAGCAAGAGAUUCUCACCAAAUCAGGAGAAUGGUUUUCAGAGUCAGGGGUGCAGCCUGGGAGCCUGGGCUCCACCUUGAAUGACCCAGCCAGGGUGCGCGAAGCCCAACGGGAUAGGAAGCUACUCCGCUCCAAGUCUCAAGUCCCGUCAUCUACAACUAACAGCAAUACCGAGCUGCCACCCAGGACGCAAGGACCCACUGGUGGUACUUCACCGAAGGCUCCAGACAACAUGCCUGGUACUCGCUCUCAAAGUGUACCACCACGAGAAAAAAAAAGGCCAGUGUCAUACCAUGAACAGAAUGGUAAGGGAGGCCCGGGGCAUGGUACUGGCCGGAGACCUGCUGGAAAGUUACCAACUCAGUCUUCUUUAGAUGAGAGGGUUGGCCCUGGGGACCGAAGAGAGAGACAGCCAAGAGAUGGUCACAGGCUGGAAAAGAUACAUUCUCAGGACUACGAUGAUGGGGAGGACAACUUGGGUCACUUAGAAAGAAAUCGGAGACGACCAGUCGAUGAUGAACAAAGGGAGCGGCAGCGACGUGAGGAGGAGUUCCAGAACCGUUAUCGUAGUGAUCCCAACCUUGCCCGAUACCCUGUGAAGCCACAAAAAGAGGAACAGGAGAUGCGCAUGCACGCCAAGGUAUCCAAGGUCCGUCACGAACGUAGACACAGUGAUCUUGCAAUCAACGAGGUCGGACUAGGGCCCGGUGAAGGGGGAGGCUGUGAAGUGCAGGUCUCUGAAAACCGUUUGAGCAGGAGAGGAACUCGCAAAGCCCAAUCAGAAAAUUAUCGAGCUUACUCUGUUGAAAGGACCGCGGGGGAACCAGGGGGACUGUUGCCUCCAGAAAAGAAGGACUGCUUUGAGCCAGGUUUAACACAAACGGCAAGAGAAAAAGGUAGGGACAACUUGUUGAGGAAGGACUCACAAAGUUCGGAACAGUCUGAGUCUUUGCGGCCGCCCCCUUCGCGGUCGUACAAGAGCAAGCGCGGAGUAAACAAGAGGCAGAUGUCCAUCAGCAGCUCAGAGGAGGAGGGCGGCUCCACGCCUGAGUACACCAGCUGUGAGGACGUUGACAUGGAAAGCGUCAGCGAGAAAGGUGACUUCGACUGUCAUCCACUUGAUCCUACAGUUUGGCAUCAUCCUGUCACGUGGCAGCCAUCGAAAGAGGGCGAUCAUCUGAUAGGACGCAUCACGCUGAGCAAGCGAUCGUCCAUGCCACGAGAAGCUGGGUCACUCCUGGGCCUAAAAGUUGUAGGUGGGAAGCUGACAGAGACUGGAAGACUUGGGGCCUUCAUUACAAAAGUAAAAAAAGGAAGCCUGGCAGAUGUCGUGGGACAUCUAAGAGCAGGUGAUGAAGUGUUGCAGUGGAAUGGGAAGUCAUUGCCAGGAGCAACCAAGAAAGAGGUUUACAACAUCAUUCUUGAAUCAAAAGCCGAGCCUCAAGUGGAACUAGUUGUUUCAAGACCGAUAGGAGAUAUUCCGAGAAUCCCAGAGUCAUCGCAUCCUCCUCUCGAAUCUACAGGUUCGAGUUCCUUUGAGUCACAGAAAAUGGAGCGUCCAACUAUAUCAGUGAUGUCCCCAACAAGCCCAGGAGCCCUCAGAGAACUUCCUCUGGUGCUGCCUGGACAACUGUCAGUGAAACUGUGGUAUGACAAAGUAGGCCAUCAGCUCAUCGUCAACGUCCUUCAAGCCAUAGACCUGCCAUCCCGACCGGAUGGACGACCUCGGAACCCAUAUGUCAAGAUGUAUUUCCUGCCUGACAGAAGUGACAAGAGUAAACGUCGGACGAAAACAGUGAAAAAGAGCGCUGAGCCCAAGUGGAAUCAGACCUUCAUAUAUUCACAUGUUCACCGGCGAGACUUUCGCGAACACAUGCUAGAGAUCACCGUCUGGGACCAACCCAGGGUCCAGGAAGAGGAAAGUGAAUUCAUUGGUGAGAUCCUGAUAGAGUUGGAGACCGCCUUGUUGGAUGACAUCCCUCACUGGUAUAAACUCCAGACACAUGACGUGUCCUCGAUACCUUUGCCUCAGCCAUCCCCAUACCUUCCACGCAGACACGCCCAUGGAGACAGCCCCAGCAAGAAACUCCAAAGAGGGGAACGUACUUCAAGGGAAAGAGAGCGAGGCAGUACAUUGGCUGUGCCUGAACAGCAGCGUGCCCUUCAGCAUCGCUCUCGCUCUGUAUCUCCUCACCGAGAGGAUUCGUGCAGGGCGAGGUCGCGGCCUGCGCAUGUGCCCAUGCAAAGAAGCCUGGAUGAGAUUCAUCAGAACCACCACCACUCCCAGUCCCCUUCCCAUUACCACGAUUCCCAUUUUGAGCAUCAACACUCCGGUGACUCUGACUACGAGUGCUCUGAAGACAGUGAGGCCCUGGAGAUGCACAGGUCAAUCCGAGGCGGAAGUGCAGAGUGCCUACACACAAACAGUUCCACCCUCCCUGCAUGUCUAAGAAGCAAGCUGCCCCAAAGGCAAGAGGCAGGCAACAGCGUGCACCGUAGUAUCUUUGCACACCGUGUCCUCAGGUUCACUGAUGAGGUCACAGUUAGUGACCUACAGCCAUCGUUGGAUAGAGUGAGGAGUGCCAGCACCACAUGUUUGAGACCAGACACCAACUUUCACUCUUCUGACAGAGACAGGUGCUCCAAUUCAUUGCCCUGCAAGAUCCCCUCAAAUCCCCGGAUCUUAGUAGAACAUGUGGCCUCUGAAGAAGACAGGGAGUGUAGCAAUACAUCAAAUCCAGACUGUCUAAAAGGCAGCAAAAAAACCCUGGAGGGUGACAGUCGCAUCCAGCCCACCUCUAUCCUCAGGGGCAGUAGGGGCAAAGGUUGGCCACUGAGACCCUUUGUCCAGACAACUGUGGCUGAGUCCUCUCCAAACUCUCCACAGACAGACAGAACACACCCUCAUGGUAGCCCUUCUUCCCCAAUGGGGACUCCCUCAUCAGGUCGCAGGGGCCGGCAGCUUCCACAGCUCCCGGCUAAAAGCAGCAGCAUAGAACAAGCCCUAGCAGUUGAAGAGAGAGCCCGACAGCUGCAUAUGAAAGUACAUUCCUACCGGCCUUCAGCUUCCCAUAACCCUGAGUCAGAUCUCAAGAAUAAACGGGAGAUGUUUGCAGAACAGCGACGUAGCAGCGACAACAUGUCUGCAAGGUCGUCAGACAGUGAUAUGAGUGAUAUGUCAGCUCUCUCCCGUGCCAGCAGUGCCUCUCGCCUCAGUAGCACCAGCUACAUGUCUAUCCAGUCAGAGCGUCCGGGGGGACGUCUUAGUCGACAGAUGAGAGCAUCGGCGGGACGCAACAUGCAGAAGAGCUCCAGUGUUAGUGGGGAGAUCUACACGCAGGAGCGCACCGAUGGCAGCCAGUCAGACACAGCACUUGGCACAGUGGGCGGAGGCAGCAAGAAGAGACGCUCAAGCCUCAGUGCAAGAGUGGUGGCCAUUGUUGGAAACCGCCGCAGUCGUAGCACUUCACAGAUAAGUGGCCCUGAGGCAAAGACUAAGAAGGAGAAAGGAGCACCCAUCCAGCGGAGCACAGAGACUGGCAUGGCGGUGGAGCUGACCAGGAACAUGAGCCGGCAGCCCAGCAGAGAGUCCAACAAUGGCAGUAUGAACAGCUAUAACUCUGAGGGGAAUAUCUUCUCCGGGGUCAAUCUGGGAGCAAGCAGCCAGUUCAGCGACUUUCUGGAUGGCCUUGGUCCGGCUCAGUUGGUGGGAAGGCAAACACUUGCGACACCUGCAAUAGGUGAUAUCCAGAUAGGUAUGAUGGAAAAAAAGGGUCAGCUGGAGGUUGAAGUUAUCAGAGCACGAGGUCUUGUACAAAAACCAGGAUCGAAAUCCCUCCCAGCACCUUAUGUCAAGGUCUACCUGUUGAAUAAUGGAGCAUACGUAGCCAAAAAGAAAACCAAGAUUGCACGGAAAACACUUGACCCACUGUACCAGCAAGCGCUGCUGUUUGAGGAAAGCCCACAGGGUAAAGUCUUACAGGUGAUCGUAUGGGGGGACUACGGCCGCAUGGACCAUAAAAGCUUCAUGGGAGUUGCACAAAUCCUCCUGGAGGAACUGGACUUAUCAAGCACAGUAAUUGGUUGGUACAAGUUGUUCCCACCUUCCUCUUUGGUGGAUCCGACUCUGGCUUCCCUCACACGGCGAGCUUCUCAGUCGUCACUUGACAGCUCCUCUGGACCGCCCGGGGUCCGAUCCUAGUGGGCCAAAAGCUCUAGACCACUCUGCGAAUGACUAACUCAUGACCUGCAUCGUAAGAAGUGAGACAUGUAGAGCAACAACAAUCAGAAAACACAUCACGCAACAAGAAAGCUUUGUUGAGAUCUGACAAUCACUCCAAUUGUGGUUCAUUCCGUCUGUUCCGGGGGAGUACCGUAUUUCAGUGUUCCAUCACAAUUUAGAGAAAGGUCUCCGUUUUUCCUUUGUGCACGCUGAAGAUCGGGGGCUGUCUCCAGGCGACAGGCGGUAGCUUUCAAGUUGAGCUGAUGAGGUGAAUACGAGAUGAAUGCCAAGUGACAAACGAAGCAGGGUGGCUUUUAGUAAAGCAAUGAAAUGUACGUAAGCGUUGGAAUGUAUGAACUUGAGACAGAGGUCACCUGCCCCUCCCCCCACACCUGCGGGUCGUGAGUGUAGUGGAAUCCUAUCUGCAGGGGCCUCAGCUAGAACCCCAUCAGACUGCCAGCACCUCUGCCCACGAGCAGGGGGCUUCCACAUGGGUAUUUAGUCUGGAAACACAGGGCCUUCUUCUGGUGCCUACACCCUGAAGCCGCGUCACUGGUCCUUCUCUCUCUCUCUCUCUCUGUCGAAAGGUCCUCUUUUCAAAAUGUUUACCGUGGCUGCCCGAAAGCCAUACUUGUCUUUGUGCAUUUGCUUUGUUGUCUUUUUUUUUUCUCUCUUACUUUUGCACAAAAUGAUUUUAGAGUGUGUUUGAUGCUCAUGAUAUGUGUCAGUCCGGUGCGUGCAUGGAGAGAAAAUACACAUGCGAUUAAAAAAAAAAAAAAAAAAAAGGAUAUGGAACUAUUUAUUGUCUGCAAGUCUUGUGCAGGUAUCGGGGACUGGUGAUGAAGACACAUCUUAGAUUUUUAAACAUGCGAUUAAAUGAAGUUGUCCUUGUAAAGAUGUGUGUGUAUUAGGCAUCCCAGGAGGUUGACCAACAAACAAAAAUUUGUGUUACGACUAUUCAACGUCACAGAAAUACAUCAUCACUCUAAAACAUGAAAAGGGAAAUCUUUUUUUUUUUUUCAACCAAAGGAAGACUUGGAUAUUAGUCAAAUUACCCUCACCCGAGCAUGUUUAAAUAUUUUUUUAUUAAACCUUUACUUUAUGUUUUGGGCGGAAUUAAACACAAGCACAAGAGCUUGAUUUUUUUACAACUAAAAGUUUAACUUUUUAAAAAAAGAAAACGUAGUUUUGAAAAGAGAAAUAAAACUAAAACUCACACACUGGUUCUGUUCAGUUUGGUGUAGUUAGUAGAAAACAGAAAAGAGAAAUUGCUCACACUUUUCAUUGUGCAACACUGUUCAUACGAAAGUCGCCCAUCGGACUGAUGAGUCAGGACAACAUCAACUCAUUUUCCAUUUGACCUACUGACCCCUCUCACCUUGUAAGAAAGGGGCCUGUUUGACCUGCAUGCAAUGUUUUUUUUUUUUUUUGUAAAAUCAGCUACAUGAAAAAAAAAGAUGCCGAACUAGACACGUGUGGGUUUUUUUUUUCCACUUACUAUCGGGCCGCUUGUAUGUUGCAUGCAGUUGUACAGUUUGCUCGUAAUUGAAUAUUCAAGAAGUAAAACCAAGAAACGGAAGCCAUUCUCAUCAAAAAUGCAUUGGAAAUCCCAACUGCAAGUCUAUGCCAUGUCCGUCAGUCAGGUGCUGAACGUCUCUCAAACAGAAUCGGAAGAUUACGUUGACGUUGUUCCUCAUACUCUCUAACAGAUGUACUGUAGUUCCUGAGCAAGCAGACCUCACAACCCUUCCUGCUGUUAUUCCACAUCAUUGUAUACCUCCGAGGAGCUGGUGUAUCAAUAAACAUGUACAGUGCAAAUGCAAAUCAGAUCUACUUAUAUGGAACUAUAACAUAAUGUUGUCAGCUAGGAUAUUAUGACGUAUAAAAGCAAAAAAAAAA